CCUAGCUCCCAUCAGGUUCCCGUCCCUCUUCUCAUCACAACCAGACCCCACCUUGGGACUGUGACCGGACAGAACAACGGCGAGACCUGACGGGACCCAGCGUAGGUUAUUACCACCUCCCUCUACCAUACACUUUCAACCUCUUUCCACCCUAAAAACAUUGGCCUGUUCCCUCGACUCGGUGUUUCCUUCACCGCCUGGACUAAGGCUUCCCCUCUUCGAAUAAAUCCCCGCCAAAAGCGAUUCGUCUUUGCGACUUAGUGUCCAGUCUUCUUUCUCCUUCAGCUGAUAGCGCGUUUGUGGGACUGGGAUACUGGACGACGGCAUCAAAGGGUUAUUAUCAUCACCAACCGCAGACCCUUGGCCCCCUUUUUACCUUGCUUUUGGUUUUACGACAGUUAGUUUCGAAUCGAUCGCCUUCCCGCUCCUCUACCUUGGCCUUGGGUUGAUUCAACAAUAACAAAUACCCAAUCCCCAGCACUGGCAUUCCGGCCUGACGGUUGUCGACCUCGGAAUCCACAUCUCAUCUCCGUACAAGUGGCGUAUCGCAUUGCAUCAGGCUUCUAUCUCUGAUCGCCUCCUCCCACCUCCAGUCCUCGACUUGUCAAGACAUCCAAGACAGAAGAACGAGAGCGCCAGGACCUGCGACUCUCUCCAGACAAAAACCGCAAUAGAGGAAGCGUACCCGACUACGCUUAAACAAACAGACAUCAUGGCCGACCCAUUUGCCCCGCGCUCCAUGAAGCGCAAGAACGUCAAAGGUCUUGCCUUGGCUCCUGCCGCUCCCAAGCCCCCGCCGACGGCCGAGACCUUUUACAAGGAUAAAGACGACGACAACAAUGCCCAGCUAGAGAUCGGCAUCGAGUUCAACCUGGACCUCAGGCCCGAAGAUCUGGACCUCAUCAAAGAGUUGGGAGCUGGAAACGGAGGCACAGUCAGCAAAGUCAGGCAUAUCCCGACAAAUACAGUUAUGGCUCGCAAGGUUAUCCAUGUUGAGGCCAAGAAGGAGAUGCGCAAGCGUAUCGUUCGCGAGCUUCAGAUCAUGCACGGCUGCCAUUCCGAAUACAUUGUCACCUUCUAUGGCGCCUUCCUUAACGAGCACAACGAUGUGAUCAUGUGCAUGGAGUACAUGGAUGUUGGCUCGCUCGACCGUAUCUCCCGUGUCUUCGGUCCAGUCCGCGUUGAUGUCCUCGGAAAGAUUGCUGAAGCUACCCUUGGCGGUCUCACGUACCUCUACUCCAAACACCACAUCAUGCACAGAGACAUCAAGCCCUCCAACAUCCUCGUCAACUCAAAGGGCCACAUCAAGCUUUGCGAUUUCGGUGUUUCCGGAGAGCUAGUUAACUCUGUCGCCGACACCUUUGUGGGUACAUCCACAUACAUGGCUCCCGAAAGAAUCCAGGGCGACAAGUACACAGUCAAGUCUGAUGUGUGGAGUUUCGGCUUGACUGUCAUGGAGUUGGCGAUUGGCAAGUUCCCGUUCGCCAGUGAUCAACUUGGGGAUGAUGCUGAAAAUGCUCCCGCCGGUAUUCUCGACCUUCUCCAACAAAUUGUUCACGAGCCAGCACCGAAGCUACCCAAGAGCGAUGCUUUCCCACAAAUCCUUGAGGAUAUGAUCCAGAAGUGUCUUUACAAGGAACCCGAGAGGCGGCCGACGCCUCAAGAGCUCUUUGACCGCGAUCCCUUUGUACAAGCGGCGAAGAGAACCCCAGUCGACCUGAGAGAGUGGGCCUGCAGCUUGAUGGACCGGGACAACCGCAAGUCUCAUCUGCAGCCACAACUCUCUCCGUCGUCGCACGAUUUUCUAAGGUCCAGCGAUGAACCUACACCCACUUCAGCCGAACAGGCAGCGCUGGCCGCACAGGUGGACCGUCUGUACAUCCGGGACUAGGGAGCCGAGCAGCUACGACUGGCUCUCAGCCCAGAUACCCGCAGCAGGCUCCUCCUCCUCCUCAUCCUCCGUUCGAAAAGAGGCCCUCCAUGUCAACCGGCCAUUCGUAUACCAGUUCCUCGUCCUCGAGCCGAUCGGGCUUCGCCCUACCCAUCCGACCGGGGCCUCCGGGCCAGCCGAUGCCGCCGCCGCCCCCACGAAGACAGUUGACAGCGGAGGAACUGCAGAGGGAAAGUCGCCGACAAGCCGCAAUGCAGCCUCCAACUGGCCGAUUUUGAGUUGAGUGUUGCAUGUGAUGGAUCUUGAGAGGAUGUUUCUUUGCAUGAAUAAUACUCAACCCUCCCCCUUUCUUUUGCAGCUCCGCUUUGCCCGUUUACCCCCCCUGUGUUUUGCAUAUAUACGUUGACCUUCCCAGACUGCGUUUGAUGUCACUUUUCUACAUGCGCCUCAAGACCACCGGUUUGGUGAAGAUAGUCAUUCGAACAAUCAGCGGGUCUACCUUGACGGUGCUGGCUCACCUCAGUGGUACGGCGAUAGCAUUUUGUUGAGCAGAACGUUGGGUCUCUGUCAAAUGGGUAGCUAUGGUUAUGGCCAUCAUGAGUGGAAAUUGGGUCGACUGAGUAUAGGGAACGGGGAGGUGGUGGGUUGAUGGUGCUUGAUUUGAAGGAAAAGUGUAUGUGUGAGAAACUCCGAGUUUGCAUCUGAAAUCUGAUCUUUCUCAGAAUGGAAACUAUGUCUUGUCCGUUUUGCAUUUGUUCGGAGAAUGAGUACUGUCUAUGAUGGGUAUCUAGGUAUAUCAGUGGGCGCAUGAAGUAAUUUGUUGUGAGAUAUCCAAGCAAAACAACUGAUAAAAAGAACUGUUGUUUCGUCUGGAUAUCAUCCGUCAUCUCCUCUCAACCUUUUCUUCUCGCUACUAGUCAAACUCGAUUCUCGGAUUCUCCCCAUUCACCCUUCACAACAACCCCUCCUCCAAAACCUCAACCAACUGAUCCAACCUCUCGAUCAC